CAAUAGUCUGGGAUAAAGAAGCUUAUCAUACUAAUCGGUAUAUAUUCCCGGUUGGUUUUAUGAGCAAAAAACAAUAUUUGAGCGCCGUCGAUGUUACAAGGAGGACAACAUACACCAGUGAGAUAUUAGAUGGCGGUGAUACACCAAUCUUUCAAGUUACCGCCGAAGACCAACCCGGUCGUAAAUUUUCUGCUAGUUCAUCUAGUGGUGUUUGGAAAAAGAUUCUUGAUGAAAUUAAUAUACAAGGUGUCCCUUCAAAAACACAUGCUAGUGGUCCCGAAAUGCUUGGUCUAAGUCAUUUAGGAAUCACAAAAUAUAUUCAGGAACUACCCGGCGCUGAAAAAUGCACAAAAUAUCCCAUGGAUGAAGACGAGGAUGAUGACGAUGACAGAUCUGCAAUUACAAAUGGGCAUGAACAAUACGAGCAUCAAAUAAAAACUGAAGCUAGCA